UGUUUCGUCACUUAUCAUGGCUGCUCCCGUCGCUCUCAUUCAAGGAGCCAGCAGAGGGCUGGGCCUGGAGUUCUGCAAACAAAUAUUAAAGAAGAAAAGUUCCGCUGCUGUUUUAGCGACAUGUCGAAACCCGGACGCUGCUGCCGAGCUGCGGGUCCUUGCUGGCCAACACCCGGGCAGGCUGACGGUUUUGAAGCUGGACGUGAACCUCGAGGAGGACAUCCGCGCUGCAGCAGCGCUGGUUAUGGGGGGCUUCGGUCGGCUGGAUCUCCUCGUCAACUCCUCAGCGAUGCUUCACCCCUCAGGGAGAGGAGAGACGAGCCUGAGGGAUGUUUCUGCACAGGAUGUCAUUUCCACCUUCACGACCAACGCUGUGGGUCCCCUGGUGAUGACCAGAUAUUUUGCCCCCCUCCUUCAGAAAGGAAGCGGUGGCUUUGGACAGCAACCUGCAGAGAAAUCCCAGCAGCACAGUGGCAUCAUCGUCAACAUCACAGCUAAAGUGGGCUCCAUCGGAGACAACGGACUUGGUGGGUGGUACAGCUACAGGAUGUCCAAGGCAGCGCUCAACAUGGCAACCAGGAAUAUAUCUAUAGAGCUGGGCCGCGGUCGACCCAAGGUGGUGUGUGUGUCCCUACACCCAGGAACAGUCGACACGGACCUGUCCCGGCCUUAUCAUAAGAAUGUGCCAAAAGACAAGUUGUUCAGUGCUGAACACUCUGUGAGCUGUCUGAUGAACAUCAUUAAUACGCUAAGCUUUGAAAAAACCGGGAGAGCGUACAGCUGGGAUGGGACUGAACUGCCCUGGUGACAUCAAUAUGGGAACAAGAUGUGCAAGCUAAUCGGCUGCUGUUCUGUGUGCGAGCCCUUGGACUGCAGUGUGUCUAAAGAUGGACAUUGUAAAUGACACAAUGGGAACAAGUGUGGUACAGAUUGAACUCAACAAACUAACAGGUCAAAUUGUCACUGAGAAACCUCACAGUUAGCCCAAGUGCUGAAGUUAUCUUUGUUCAGAUAAAGACAGAUUUUUUAUUAAAGGUUAUAUAAAGUUGUGGCAUCACCUAAGUUGUUGUAGCACAGUUUAUUACCUCCAUUUUGCCUUUAGUGGGGGUGAUGAUACUUUUAUGUGUGUACAUUUGUUAGAGCUGAGCAAUAUUACAAUAACAAUAAAUAUAUAAAUAUUG